AUUUAUGAGAAAAUUAAAAAUACACACUUGUUUUAUAGUUGGCUGAUAUGGCGACACCAAGGAUUUAGGGAGAUCUCCACCACUGUCACUAUCGUAAGAUCUGUUGCUGUGGUCCAGACUUUUUCACACUGCUAAUGUCCUGCAUAAAUAUCAAAGCAGUGGAUUCACUUUUUUUUUUUUCUUUCUUGAUUCUCUUUAGCCUGAUGAAGUCCUCCGAUGUUGAUCAGGAUUUAUUUACAGACAGUUACUGCAAGGUGUGCAGUGCACAACUGAUAUCUGAAUCUCAGCGCGUGGCCCAUUAUGAGAGUCGAAAACAUGCCAGCAAAGUCCGACUGUAUUACAUGCUUCACCCCCGGGACGGUGGGUGUCCCGCCAAGAGGCUUCGGUCAGAAAAUGGAAGUGAUGCCGACAUGGUGGAUAAGAACAAGUGCUGCACACUCUGUAACAUGUCAUUUACCUCAGCUGUGGUGGCUGACUCACAUUAUCAAGGCAAAAUCCAUGCCAAAAGGUUAAAACUGUUGCUAGGAGAGAAAACCCCAUUAAAGACCACAGCAACACCCAUCAGCUCGCUUAAGUCCCCUCGGGUGGACGCUGCUGCUCCGGUGGUCGCAUCUCCCUAUCAAAGAAGAGAUUCAGACAGAUACUGUGGGCUCUGUGCAGCCUGGUUUAAUAAUCCUCUGAUGGCCCAGCAACAUUAUGAUGGCAAGAAACACAAAAAGAAUGCAGCGAGAGUCGCUUUAUUAGAACAACUGGGGACAACCCUGGAUAUGGGAGAACUAAGAGGUCUGAGGCGCAAUUACAGAUGUACCAUCUGCAGCGUCUCCCUAAACUCAAUAGAACAGUAUCACGCUCAUCUGAAAGGAUCUAAACACCAGACCAAGUAGGUACUUUCAUACUUCCAUCAUUUGGCAUGUAAUUUUU